CAGAUAUUUCGGCUCAGGUCGGCAACAUGAGCAGCGACGAAGACAUGAUGGUCAAGAUCGCGGUCAAGAACGUCUACGAGCGCAACCUGACGGUGGCCCUCGAGAUGGAGUGCUCGAGCUCGAUCCUGGCGCUCAAGGAAGCGCUCCAGGAGCGCAUGGACGCAGAGCCCAAGCACCAGCGGCUCAUCUUUGGCGGCAAGAUUUGCGAAAACGUGCAGACGCUCGCGCAAGUGCUCAAGCGUAUGGAGCCGAAUGAAGUGUACACGUUCCACUUGCUCGUGAGCAACCCCGACAAGCCGGCGCCGAUGCGAAGCCCGCCGACGUCGGCAGCAGCACCCGUCGCGUCGAGCCCCGCUGCCGUACCAGCAGCCCCGAUGCCCGUUGCGCCGCCCACGAUGGUCGCGCCCACUGCGUCGACGGCGACGUCGCCAUUCACAUUUCCGUUGCCACAUAUGCCUCCCGGUGCCGUGCCCCACGUCGGCGCCGCGCCGUCCAUGCCGCUGCCUUCCAUGUUUCCGUUCCCUCAAGCGUCGACCGAGACACCGUCGCCAUCGCCGUGCUUUCCAGCGAUGCCAGGGCUUCAGACCCUCCAGCUCCAGCAUUAUCUCGCGCAGCAGGAGACGCUGCUUUUGAUGCAAAUCCAGUUUCUCCGACACCUGCAAGAGUGCCAGCAGAUCUACGGUGCGCACCAGCCAUCGACGUCGACGUCACCGCUCACAAACAUCUCGUCAUUCACGACGCGGACGUUCACCGUGUACCGGGACGACGUUCCGGCCGCCGAAGCGCCGAUGCCCCGCCGUCGGUUCGCUGCCAUCCGCGCCGUUCUCGUGCUGCUCGACUUGAAGCUCGCUGUCAAAAUGGCCGUCAUGAUGUACAUCAUCGGGCAGGACCUCCCGCUGCCCCGGCUGUACUUGCUCAUUGGCAUCUCCAGCGUGAUCUACCUCUACCUCACGGGCAUCCUCAACAAGAUCUACGACAUGAUCCAAGGUAACCACCCGGAAGCGCCAACGCCGAUCCCGAAUGCGGCCAACGACAACAACGAUUUUGAGGUUCCACCGAUGGAAAAUCUGGCGCCAACAACCCCGUUUUUGACGAUCCCAGCCGAAGGCGGCUGGUGGAAAGACCUUCAGAUCUUUCUCAUGGGCCUCCUCGUGUCGCUCUUGCCGUCGUGGCGCCCGCUCGCGACGCCGACGCCCAACGAUCCGCCUGUCCCCGUCGUCGAGCCCGUCGGUCAAGAGUAAACAAAAAGAAGAAAAAUGCAUGUUCAUAAAGAUGAAGCACUCGAAACGAGAAGGAAA